AUGAGAGUCACCCGCUUUUUCUACAUCCUGUGUGCAGUGGCCCUCGCCGCGGCCGAGUCCAUUCCCGAGACAGAAUACGAUGUAAUUGUCGUCGGCGGUGGUCCAUCAGGCCUCAGUGCCUUGAGUGGUGUCUCCCGCGUUCGACGCACAGCGCUGCUCUUCGACGACCAGCAAUACCGCAAUGCGCCCACCCGGAACAUGCACGACGUUAUUGGCAAUGACGGCACACCCCCGGCCGCAUUCCGUGCUUUGGCUCGAGAGCAGAUCUCCAAGUAUCCGACGGCCCAUUUCAGUAACGCAACUGUCACUUCGAUCACGCCGGUUGGGCACGGCAAUUUUUCGGCCUUCUCCGUCGCUGACAGCGACGGUAAUACGCACACUGCUCGCAAGGUCGUGCUCGGCACCGGCAUGAAAGAUAUCCUCCCGGACACCCCGGGCCUGCAAGAAGCCUGGGGCAAGGGCAUCUUCUGGUGCCCGUGGUGCGACGGCUACGAACAUCGGGACCAGCCCUUUGGAAUCCUUGGCCCCAUCUCAGAUGUCCUGGGCAGUGUGUUGGAGGUCAACACCCAGUACACCGACAUCAUUGCCUUUGUCAACGGCACGCUCACCCCCGAGGGCAAGGCCGCCGCGACGAAGAAGCACAAGGACUGGGAGGAGCAGUUGCAGGCAUGGAACAUCAAGCUCGACAACCGCACUGUCACGCGCAUCGAGCGUCUCCAGGACGGCGAGACGCACCAGAACAAGACGGCCGACUUGCAGUUUGACAAGUUCCUCAUCCACUUCACUGAGGGCGACCCCGUCGAGCGCAACGCUUUCAUCACGAACUUCCCUGCCGUUCAGCGCUCGACCCUCCCAGAGCAGAUGCAUUUGAACGUGACCGACGACAAGAUUGUUGUCAACUUCAACGGCAUGCGCACGAACAUGACUGGCGUGUUCGCGGUAGGCGAUGCCAACUCCGACGGCAGCACUAACGUGCCUCAUGCCAUGUUCAGCGGCAAGCGUGCCGCUGUCUACCUCCACGUGGAGAUGUCCAAUGAGGAGUCUACCUCCAAGGUUGCGAGGCGGGACGGAGUCUUGACCCGCCGCAGACUGGAGAAAGAGGCUGUUCGCGCGAUCGGUGCGAACCUCGAGCCUCAGUGGGAGCAGGCGAAGAGGAAAUCAGUCUGA